GACAUAUUAUAAUAAUACAGACUCAGAUGAAAUGAAUACUCCAGUAUUAAAUGGAAAUGAGGGAACACAGAACAGACAAGAAUCAUCCGAUGUAAGUCUUAUACUUCGAAGGACAUCCGAAAAAGCAACAGCCACCUUCUAUAGCAGAAGCAAUGAUAUUAGAUACAGAAGCAGCUGCUAUAGCGAAUUUUGAAUUUUUGGGACAUACAAACAUGGACAUGGAAGAGGAAGAAGGAGAUGGAGAGGAUGAAAUUUAUGAUGCAAAUACAGAUACCAAACCAAAUAAAGCAUCUAUCCCCCUUCUAGCGGAAGAUGUUGAUACAGAUACAGAGGCAGAAGUAUUAAAUGAAUUAAAUCUCCUCACAGAAAUUGAAGAAUCGCCACCUGGUUCUAUCCACCUGGAAAUGAAUUCUUCAAAGGGGUUAGUAAAUCUCUUUUUAUUCGUGUAUUUUAAGAUAAAAUAUAAACCUAUUACAAUAAUAGAUAUUUUGUAAUAUUGUCACAUAUAAUCACAUAAUCUAAUGAUGCCUGUAAGUUUAUUAUAUAGAAG